CAUCAACAAGUGUGAACUGGUUAGCAACAUCAACGCUGUUGUAGCGAGGCUGGCUCAAUUGUUGGAACCCGCUAAUAAGAAACCGCUGUUAAUAACUGACGAGAAUAUGGCAAGAAACUGCGUUGCGCCGCAAAAGUCGAUACUGGACACCAUAGACAAUGUAGACGAGGAAAUCAAAAAGGAUGAGGAGGUGGCCGUGUUCCCGGUGAGCUGCGUGCGCGGCGCCGGCCUCAACGCGCUGCACGCGUGCCUGCUGGCGCUGGCGCCGCGCCGCGACCUGCAGCGCCCCGAGGACGAGGCGUGCGAGUUUCAAAUAGACGAAAUUUUCCACGUAGGGUACUCGACGGGGCCCGUCGUGGGGGGACUGCUCGCGCGAGGGCGACUCUACGAGGGCGACGAAAUUAUCAUAGGACCUCUGGAGUCCGGCGAGUUCGCGGAGAUAUCCGUGCGCACGAUAUACCGCAACCGCGUCCCGUGCGGCAGCGUGCGCGCGGGACAGUCGGCGUCGCUGGGCCUGGGGCGCUUUCCGCCGGGACUGCGGCAGGGCAUGUUGCUGCUAGCGCGGCCGGGGGGCUACGCCGCGGGACUAUCAGAACUAGUCCACUCGUCGCAAGCUUCGGAGAAGAAUCAAAAGAACGCGAGGAGACAGAACAAGAAUAUCCUCCAGGACAUCGCCAACGUGAAGAACAGCCUCACGAAGACUUCGGACACGAAGUGCACGAACGUGUACGUGUCGGACGACGGGAGCAAGUACAGCGACGCGCACGUGUCGAGCGACACGCAGGACAAGUGCGUGUGUGACGACCUGGUGUUCCUCGAAGACCCAAACGACCCUAGACGCUGUAUAUACUUUCAGGCAUCCGUGCAUGUCCUGAGACACUCCACGGCCAUCUACCCAGGGUUCCAGUCCUCUGUGCAUGUCGGGAACGUGCGUCAGACGGCCAUUAUCGAGGGUAUAAUGUCUCCGAACAACGUGCUGAGGGCGGGCGAGGGGGCCUCCGUGCUGUUCAGGUUCGCCCGCUGUCCGGAGUACCUCGUGCGGGGCCGCCGGCUGCUGUUCACGGCGGGGCUGGGGACCAGAGCCAUCGGCCGGGUCACGCAAACCUUCCCGUACAUACCAUGAAUUCUAUAGAACACGGCUCCAAUGUAAAAUUCGAGAUCUCUCUAGAAUAUUCUAGAUAAAUUAAAUAUAUUAAUUGUAUCUGUAACCAGUUUUCUUGUCGUGUUCACUUCAUGAUUGCG